AUGGCAACUACAACCGCCCCCCACGUUCCUCCCACCCGUAUCGUAUUUCGCACACGAGAAGAGAUGAUACGUAUCAGAAGACUGAAAAGGAAUCUGGCGAACUCCCAUCCAGAUGUAUCAAGAUAUGCCCUUAAUGCAAGAUGUCCAGAUCCCGAAUUCGAAGUGCCUACCCCAAUCGAAAAACUUAAAAGGGAUAACAUAAGUCUUGGCAAGAAUCUUGGAAUGACACUCUUCCACAGGGAAUAUUUGAUCAAACAAUUGGGAGUAUUUGGAAUGGUAGCCAAUAGUGAAGAGAGACAUCGUUUGUAUAAGAAUUGGGUACGAUCUACAAAGGAUGGAUUGCAAAAAGAUGAAGAAAGCGUCUCCGAAGAGUACAGAAGAUUGAAAUUGCAUUUUAUGGUGGAUAAGAAUCGAGUCCGGGGAAGAAUUUGUAUUCGUGUCAAGGACAGACCAACUUUGGAGAAAAAGUUGAGUGAGAUACAGGACAAGGAGGAAGAGGCCGCGGCAGCUUAUGUGAAGGAAUGCAAAAAGUUACACGCGCAUCGAGUUAAGAUGGAGAACGAAAUGAAAAGGAUACAAGGUUUGCUUGCUGAGAUGAGCCAGUACCCUCAAGGAGAUCUUCCUAAAAUCUGGGGUAAGGGUUACGAUCAAGCAUUUAAAAACAUUGGCCGAAGAACCAACCCAGAGGAAAGCGGCGAAAUCAGUGACUUGGUUUAA